AUGGAUUGCGUCGUGCUCUCCUGGAUCUACGGCACCGUCUCCACCGAGCUCAUGGACCUCAUCCGCGUUCGCGGCUCCUCUGCUCGGUCCGCCUGGCUCGGCAUCGAGCACAAUUUUCUCGGCCAUCGUGAGACGCGUGCCCUCCUCCUCGACGCCGAGUUCCGCACCAUCGUCCAAGGCAACCUCUCCGUCACAGACUACUGCCGCAAGAUGAAGAGCAUGGCAGAUGCUCUCGCCGAUCUCGGCGAAUACGUUCCCGACCGCACCUUGGUCUUGAACGUCCUCCGCGGGCUCAGCGAGAAGUACGCCUACAUGACUCCUCACUUCAAGCGUCAACGCCCGUUCCCGACCUUCAGCGAGGUACGCGACGAUCUGCUCUUGGAGGAGCUCACCAUGCCGGCUGCCCUGCCGACCCCGUCGUCCGCCCUCAUCGCCACCGCCGGCAAGCACUCCGGCGCCCCCUCCGGUGCCCCUCCUCGCCAGCCACCGCAAGGGGGUGGCAACAACCAGGGCCGCCGCAACAACCGCCGCCGCGGCAGCAGCAACUGCGGCUCCAACGGCGGCAACGGUGGUGGUGGGUCAGGUGGCCCCAACAACGCUGCUGCUGCCGGCAAGGGCACCAGCUCGCUUGCUUCUGGCCAGCCCGGUCCUGGUCACGCUGGCACACACUGGCCGAGCUUCUUCAACCCAUGGACCGGGACCAUCUCCAUGUGGCCCCGUCCACAGCCCACGCCACCCGGAGGAUCGGCGCCUCGCCUUGCUCCAUCUGCUGGCUACUCGGCGCCGCAGGCAGGGUACCCGGCGCCACAGGCCAUGCUCGCUGGCCCAUUUGGUUUCCCCCCGCCGGCGCCCGUGGAGCCCGGUCCGCCACUGCCCGCGUCUCCAGCCCCGUCGGCACCGUGGACACCUUGGAGCGGUGUUUCAUGGGACCAACAAGCCUUGGCAAAUGCUUUCAGCACCAUGUCCGUGCAACCCCCGGCCACCGGCGAGUGGGUCAUGGACUCAGGUGCCUCCUCCCACAUGACGCCCGACACCGGAUCUUCGUUCCAGGAACGUGAUCGUCAGGUGCAAUAG